AUGUCAGGGUGGGUACCCUUGCGGGAGGGGGGUUGGCGCACCUGGUGCUUCACGCCAGCACAGCAGCACAAACGAACAAUCACGAGGGCUGAAGUACGUAUUCAAGGCCAGCCCUCUUCGGCGAUUGCGAAGAAGAGCGGAGGCCUACGCGGCAUCACUUUGCAUUGCUGGGGAGCAACUAGAAUGGCGAGCUCCGCGCUUCCAAUUGCGGUUGCGGUUGAAGGUAAACCAACAGGAAGUGGCGUUGUGUAUUCAAUUGCAGACGAGGACGACAAGGCGCCGCUCCUCGUGUUGCACCACCAUACCAAUGGCCGCGCAUGGUUGAGAGGUGACGGGGGACCCUGGGAGGGCUGGGGGCUUCAGGAUCCGCUGGAGAGGUGGUCAGGCGUGGCUGUACAGGGCGAGAGGGUCGUCGGUCUCAAGCUUUACCUGUGCAAACUUAUGGGAUUCAUCCCGCAAGAGCUCGGAAGCCUGUCCUGCUUGCUGUACUUGGACCUGGGGCACAACCAAUUAUUCGGAACGAUCCCACCGGAAUUUGGGGCACUAAGGCAAUUAAGGACCUUGGACCUAUAUCACAAUCAGCUAUCAGGGCCCAUCCCCGAAGAACUGGGAGCUCUCAGCGAGUUGAGGGAGCUCAGCCUCGGUUCAAACCAGCUCACAGGGUCUAUUCCUGCCGCCCUGGGCCGCCUUGGUUCACUGCAAGUGCUACGGCUGACGGACAACAUGCUUUCUGGUGCCAUUCCGUGCGAACUUGGUCAGCUCAUUAACUUGAAGGUGCUGAAGCUGAACGGAAAUGAGCUUGCAGGCGAGAUUCCAAAGGAACUAGGAUCGCUUUCGGGGCUGGUGAGCCUCUGGCUAAACAAGAACAACCUGUCCGGAAACAUCCCUCAGGCCCUGGGGGCCUUGCAUCUUUUGGAAAACCUUUGGCUCAAGGACAACAAAGAGCUGAAAUACAUACCGAUGGUGACCAAGAUGCAGCUCCGGAGGAAGAUGAAGGGCGAAUGCGACAUCCGCCUGUGAACAUGAACAACACCUUCGUGUUUUCUCACGGGUGGAAAAGUAAUAGUCCUUUCAUGUCCAUCGAGUGCCUUCAGGACCAAGUCUAAAGCCGAUUCAUGUCAGUGCGGCGGACGGGUCGACUUGACCUGGAGGCCCUGAUAACCUGGAACAGCAGUGGCUUUGAGUGGUCGCACUGAAAACGAAGUUCGCGAUGUGUAGCUGCUGUUCCGCACGAGCUGAGGACCGUGCAUCGUACGCCUCGUAUGUGCUGCCUUCCUCAAAGCGCAGGCGCUCGUUUGGCCAAAGAGUUAUGUUUGGAGGUUGCGAAAGGAGACCAAACGGUGUUGAUCCUUGAUCCUACACUUGAAGAAUCGAGGUCACGUUGAGCAGCGAGGUUGCUAGGCAGGCUGUA